AUGAGUCCGAUAAACAGUCUCUGGUUCAAAUGGAAGAGCCUUAAACUCCCAUGGCGGAAGAUGUUCCUUGUCGGGAACGAUCUCGCGGGCAACACGUACUGGGAAUUCAAAGAUGCCCUUAAACCCGGACGGUUUCGACGCAUUGUUAAAGCCAGUCCAAAGAUACACUAUGCCGAUGUCAAAGUGUCGCCACAAUGGCAUCAGUGGCUUCGAUACGUUCGACCCGAGGCGCCGACCAUCGAAGAACAGCAGCAUGAGCUCCUACGACAACAAAGGAUGAAAUACCUGGCUCAGCGUGCAGACGAACGAUGGGCAAGUAAACCGUCAUUCCUCGACACACCACAGCAGCAACCCCCUCCAGCGUUACAAUCACACGAACCAUCAUACCAUACUACGAGACCGAAUGCUGCCGGGAAAGAGGAGGCUACAGCUGGGCAUAACGCUGUUGACACGGCGGAAGGGCUGCAGGAACAAGGCCUCGACGCAACGGGGAGUAAGAAGGUCAAAAAUCCCUGGGACAGGGCAGUCGGCGGACCUAGCGAGAACUGGCAGCCAGAAUCUUGGAAUCCUAGCGUUUCGAAAAGAUGA